AUGGCUGACGUCUUCCCGGCCGCCGAGCCGGCGGCGCCGCAGGACGCGGCCAACCGCUUCGCCCGCAAAGGGGCGCUGAGGCAGAAGAACGUGCACGAGGUGAAGAACCACCGCUUCAUCGCGCGCUUCUUCAAGCAGCCCACCUUCUGCAGCCACUGCACCGACUUCAUCUGGGGGUUUGGGAAACAAGGCUUCCAGUGCCAAGUUUGCUGUUUUGUGGUUCACAAGAGGUGCCAUGAAUUUGUUACUUUUUCUUGUCCGGGGGCGGAUAAAGGACCCGACACGGAUGACCCGAGGAGCAAGCACAAGUUCAAGAUCCACACGUAUGGCAGCCCCACCUUCUGCGAUCACUGCGGGUCCCUGCUCUACGGCCUCAUCCACCAGGGGAUGAAGUGUGACACCUGUGAUAUGAACGUGCACAAGCAGUGUGUGAUCAACGUGCCCAGCCUCUGUGGGAUGGACCACACGGAGAAGAGGGGCCGCAUCUACCUGAAGGCCGAGGUCACGGAUGAAAAGCUGCACGUCACAGUACGAGACGCGAAAAACCUAAUCCCUAUGGAUCCGAAUGGGCUUUCAGAUCCCUAUGUGAAGCUGAAGCUUAUUCCUGACCCCAAGAACGAGAGCAAACAAAAAACCAAGACCAUCCGCUCCACGCUGAACCCCCAGUGGAAUGAGACCUUCACGUUCAAAUUAAAACCUUCUGAUAAAGACCGGCGGCUGUCCGUGGAGAUCUGGGACUGGGAUCGAACUACACGGAACGACUUCAUGGGGUCCCUUUCCUUUGGGGUCUCGGAGCUGAUGAAGAUGCCGGCCAGCGGAUGGUACAAGCUGCUGAACCAAGAGGAGGGUGAGUACUACAACGUGCCGAUCCCCGAAGGCGACGAGGAAGGCAACGUGGAGCUCAGGCAGAAAUUCGAGAAAGCCAAGCUUGGCCCCGCCGGCAACAAAGUCAUCAGUCCCUCCGAGGACAGGAGACAGCCUUCCAACAACCUGGACAGGGUGAAGCUCACCGACUUCAACUUUCUCAUGGUGCUGGGCAAAGGCAGCUUUGGCAAGGUGAUGCUGGCUGACCGGAAGGGGACCGAGGAGCUGUACGCCAUCAAGAUCCUGAAGAAGGACGUGGUCAUCCAGGACGACGACGUGGAAUGCACCAUGGUGGAGAAGCGGGUGCUGGCUCUGCUGGACAAGCCGCCGUUCCUGACACAGCUGCACUCCUGCUUCCAGACAGUGGACCGGCUCUACUUCGUCAUGGAGUACGUCAACGGCGGGGACCUCAUGUACCACAUCCAGCAGGUCGGGAGGUUCAAGGAGCCGCAAGCAGUGUUCUAUGCAGCAGAGAUUUCCAUCGGGCUGUUCUUCCUUCAUAAAAGAGGAAUCAUUUAUCGGGACCUGAAGUUAGACAACGUCAUGCUGGACUCGGAAGGACACAUCAAGAUCGCGGACUUCGGGAUGUGCAAGGAGCACAUGAUGGACGGCGUCACGACCAGGACCUUCUGUGGGACCCCCGACUACAUCGCCCCGGAGAUAAUCGCCUAUCAGCCGUAUGGGAAGUCCGUGGACUGGUGGGCCUAUGGCGUCCUGUUGUACGAGAUGUUGGCCGGGCAGCCUCCGUUCGACGGCGAGGACGAGGAUGAGCUGUUCCAGUCCAUCAUGGAGCACAACGUCUCGUACCCCAAGUCCUUGUCCAAGGAGGCCGUGUCCAUCUGCAAAGGGCUGAUGACCAAGCACCCCGGGAAGCGGCUGGGCUGCGGGCCCGAGGGCGAGCGGGAUGUGCGGGAGCACGCCUUCUUCCGGAGGAUUGACUGGGAGAAGCUGGAGAGCCGUGAGAUCCAGCCGCCCUUCAAGCCCAAAGUGACUUUCUGCACCAAAAUGCACUGGCUUCAGUGGGCGUCCAGGCCUUCGUGCGGCAAAGGAGCAGAGAACUUUGACAAGUUCUUCACGCGAGGGCAGCCUGUCUUGACGCCGCCCGACCAGCUGGUCAUCGCGAACAUCGACCAGUCUGAUUUCGAAGGCUUCUCGUACGUCAACCCCCAGUUCGUGCACCCCAUCCUGCAGAGCGCGGUAUGAGACUCCUCGCGGGAGCCCCGCCCGCGCCCCCGCCGUGGGAAGCGACCCCCACCCUAGAGCUUGGCGGCCUCGGCCCUCCCUGUUCCAGGUGGAGGCCCGAAAACUGUAGGGUGGUGGUCCCCCGCUCGGCUGCGUCAUCUCAGCGGAAGAUGACGUCACGUCAGCGUCCGCUUUACGUAGAGGUGACCCCUGGCGGGGGAUUGACCCUUCCUGGAAAGCAAACAGACUCUGGCCCCCCCUUUUUUUUGGUACUGUUUGAUGUGUUUCCCAAAUCCUCUGUUGAUUUUCACCAUCCAGAUUUCCCGAUCAGAGAUGUUCAAAUGAACCACACGGUCUAGGGGGCCGGAAACAUGUCCACCCACCACGUCUUUGGAAUAAAAGAAUGGAGGUCCCAGAGCGCGAGCGAGGCAGGACUCGGGGGUUGGGAGGGCUUCAGAAAACCCGCCGCUUGUGUCCUCUGCCUCCAUGGACACUGUCCCCAGAACCCGAGAGGCUGGGAGAAGUCUAGUCCAGUUUGCAAGCUCACUGCUCCCAGGCGCUGACGGUUGUAACCCACUCAUGGUUCCGGUACUGCUGUCACUGGUUUAGAGAGAGGAAGAGAACCCUAGAUGGGUGUUGGGGGCGUCUGUAAUCUUGUACCUGACUUGGCUGAUAACUGUUUUGAUACUUGCAUGUCUUUUUAAGAGGCCAAAUCUUCUAAGGAAUCCGCUAAAUGAGCACAAGAAAUCAGAUCAAGGACAGACCAGUGUGUGUGUGUGUGUGUGUGUGUGUGUGUGUGUGUGUGUGUGUGACAUUCAUAAUCUCCGAGAGAUGACUCUGGAUCCAGGGUGCCAUCAGCCAUCAUGCCACUACUCACAGUGUUGUUAGCCAACCCCGUCCACACACUGCUGUUUCACUGCCUGCUGCCUGGGAAGUGGAAGCGUGCACCCCUCCCCUUUUGUACUUAUUUAUUGAACGGGCUGCGGUGUCUAUGAGAGUACGAUGUACAGUCAGCUCACCCGGUGUGGCUCCAGCGGCAGCCCCAGGACCCCACGCCCCCCGUCCCCGUCUUCUGAGGUGAACAGUUUGGGUGCCCCAGGGUGUCGUGUCGAAUGACACACCUGGCGCUGCAGUCAGGAAACCUGGAUGCAUAUCAGCUCAAAGAGGCUUUAUUGCUGGAAGGAUUUUAAUAUGUUUCGCAAAUGCUUCAUGCAAUGAACUUUGCAUGUUUAUAAUAAACCUUAAUAACAAGUGAAUCUAUAUUAUUGAUAUAAUCGUAUCAAGUAUAAAGAGUAUUACAAUAAUUUUAUAAGACACAACUGUGCUAUAUUUGUGAAGGCCCUUGUUUCUAACUUGCUUUUAUGAUUAAGUUUUAGCUUCCUUCCCCUUGCAAAGCUUCCUCUUCCGCACCCCCGCUCUGUGUGUACCCUGCCUUGGCACUAGAGCGGCUUUAUUAAUUUUUUAUUGCAGUAGAUCUAAUUCUGAAAGUGAAUGGCUACUUUCCAUGAUCAAUAAGGUAUAUAUAUGUAUAAAUAUUUAAUUCUACCUGCAAACAGAAGUUUUCUCUGGAAGAUAAUGUUGAGGUGAGACCCCCCCCCCCCCACCCUUGCCCUCCGAGCACCAUCUGUGCCCUGGUCCUGCGUCACUCUCCCUCCUGGGGCCGUGGGGACCAUCUGGCUUCAGGGGACCCAGGCCGCGGGUGUCGCUGUGGCGUCCUCGCGGUCCCAGGCCAGACUUGGUUCGUCUGUUCUGUCCCCUCCUGCAGCCUUGCUGCUGCUAGUGAUGCGGGAAGCCCUU